AUGGAAAGACUUCCACUCUGCGAUUCAGCUUCGAUAAAGCUCGCAUACACCAAAAAUACGCCGUGCGGCACAGUAGCGAACAGCUUUGAAAUUAGCGAGAUUCUGAAAUUUACAUACACUGCUUCGGGAACAAUAAACAAGUGGCUCAGGGGUGAAACCCACGUAGGAGCAGAAACCCAGUGGCCGGACUUAUGGCACAUCGGAGAUGUCUUUCUGCAGUGGUACAAGUCGCUUAUGCUAGCAAUGGAACACCGGUACGAAGACAACGACUUCGGCUGCUUAUCCAAUUACUUAGGCAGCAACAACCAAACAGCAAGUGGCUUCGAAAAUGACUUGACUCUCACACUAGAAGCCCUUCACCAACAAGUCGACCUGGCAGCAGUCCUUCAAGUAGACUGGAAUCACUGUAAAGGGGACGAGCAUUAUGUGCUGGGCGGAGCUGGCGAACAAGUUCUCCGCAUACUCAGAUUACUCCGCACAGCCGAACAAACAGCUGAAAAAAUCGCGAAGCUUGUAACGCGAUACACCCUCCUGGAUCGACUUUUCGAGGAACAAGUCGUGAUUGGAAGGCUGAAUUCCAUCCAUCGACAUGCAUGGCUCGAUCGGAAACAUCGGUUUGAAGUGGACUCAAGGAAAGUGCUCGAUUGGGCGCAGUUAAGAUCAGCCCUACUCAGGCGUCUCAUUGAGGAGCUCGAGAAAGAGUUGAGGAAAACAGAGAACCGGUGUGCCGUCAUAAAAUGGAGACUUGUGUCUGCCUCGAAAAUGGAGGCUUUCAAGUUUGUCUUCACAAUAUUGGCGCCACACCGAGAGUUAGGAGUCACACACUAG